AUGGUACGGACGAAGAAGUCCCAGCCCCGGGCUGAAGAACCGGCGCCCAGAGCCUCUCCCCGGAAACGAGGCCGCGACGAGCCAGAAGAGCCUACGGAAGGCACUCCCUCCAGACGGCGAAGCAGUGGUCGAACUGGAGCUGGAGCUGGUUCUCGAACGAAUGGCCGGGCGAACGGGAGCCGAUCCGAAUACGACUUCCCCUCGGACGAGGAAGUGCACGCGAGCAAUUCAGCUAUGGAAGAUACAGGUACACCAAGGAAACGCAAGAGGCAGCCCGCAACUGCAACUGCAACACCGAGGAAAGAUGAUGCCGAAGCCGCGACGCCGCGGGGUCGCGAGGGAAAGGGCAACGUGACAGUGACACCGUCGAAGCCCAAUGGCACAGCGGUCAACGGCGAGACGCCGCGCUGGAAGCGCAACGACCGGUCCGCGCGGAAGAAGAGCGCCCGGGCUCUGAUCGAGAAGGUCGUGGCCGGGGAGUCGAGCGACGAGGAAGCAGACGAGGACAUCGCCCGGGAGAUCUACGAGUCAAGCGAGGAAGAAGAAGCAGAAGACGGCGACGACGAAGAACAACAACAACACCAAGAGGAAGGCGAAGAAGGCCCGCUCAACGAAGCCGCAACCCCAUCGAAGAAGCCCCGCGGCGGCCGCACCAAGACCACCAACAAGAAGACCACGCGACGCAAGAAAUCGCCCACGCCCCCGCGCGACCUCCCGCCGCACGAGCAGUACUUCGCGCAGAACCGGCCCGGCACUUCCCAAAAAACGUCCAACAACACGCUCGCGUCCUUACAAUUACAACUCCUGACGCACGACGAGUACUUCGCCGUCCUGCGCGACUGGGCGGACCCGCACGCCGACGACGUCGCGUUCCUGCAGGCGAUCCACGGCGAGUCGUUCCCGCAGUGGGCGUUUGAGCUCGCGCAGGGGUUUGGGAUUUGUCUGUAUGGGUACGGGUCGAAGCGGGCGCUGCUGCACCGGUUCGCGAGGCAUAUCUACGAUUUGCACACGGCGGCGGCGGCGGCGGCUGAUCAUUGUGAUGGAUAUGGGAAUGGGGGGAAUGGUGGGAAUACCAUGAAGGUCGUGAUUGUCAAUGGCUACGUGCGGACAGCUUCGCUGAGGGAGAUCCUGGGAACGGUGGCGAGCGCCGUGGACCCAGGCUACAAACUACCAGCUGGGGGGCCUUCGGCUGUGCUGGAUAGUGUCAAGAAUCUUCUUUCAUCGCAUGAGGUGAUGAUCACGGUCGUCUUGAACUCGAUCGACGCGGCUCCCCUUCGGAAACCAGGCAUACAACCUAUCCUGGCGCAACUGGCAGCACAUCCGCAGAUCCAGCUCAUCUGCUCAGCCGACACGCCGGAUUUCACAUUACUGUGGGACAGUAGUCUGCGGUCCUCGUUCAACUUUCUGUUUCACGACUGCACGACAUUUGCUCCGUAUGAAGCGGAGCUGGAUGUUGUGGAUGAUGUGCAUGAACUGCUCGGGCGGAAAGCCAGGCGUGUGGGUGGGAAAGAGGGUGUCACGUAUGUGUUGCGCAGUCUGCCCGAGAACGCCAAGAACCUGUUCCGGCUCCUCGUUGGUGAGGUGUUGGUGCUCAUGGAUGACGAUGGUGGCUCAUCGGGGGAGAACCCUGGAGUCGAAUACCGGGCGAUGUACCAGAAGGCUGAACAGGAAUUCAUCUGUAGUUCGGAGAUGGCUUUUCGGACAUUGCUGAAAGAAUUUCACGAUCACCAGAUGAUCACAAGUCGCAGAGAUGUCAUGGGCACUGAAUUGCUGAGUGUACCAUUCCGGAAGGAGGAGCUCGAGGCUAUUCUCGAGGACCUCAUGUCAUAG